ACAAUAUUAAAUAUAGGGAGCAUUCUUGGCUUGAUCCCGUGCGCAGCCUCUGUUAUAAUGGAGCAGGGUCAGAGCUACUUGGUUUUAAAGACGGCGCUACCUUGAUUAUGGUGACACUUUAAAGCUCGAAUUGGAACUAUUGGGGGUGAACAUGACAACCGUUCGUAUCGUCGAUGUUCACCUUGGCAGCGAAGGCCUUUCCGACUUAUCAACGGAUAGGUCAUCACCGGCGUUGUCAGAUCCAACAUUCUUCGUGUGAUGAAGCAACCCUUGAAACCCAGGCAUGACCGCAGCAGCUGUGUGGCGCAGCAUCUUCAUCACUUUUACGGAACAGAUUUCCGCUGUCAAAUCAUCGAUGAUCUCAACAGGAACGGUUUGGAAAAAUGGAAAGCAUCAUGGAGGCCUCCGAUUAUGCACGUUGGGUCGUCGCACUAAAUCCAACCCAUCCGGCUGGCUUUACCGGGGAACGUUUGCAACGAUGACAUGGCUACUUGUGAGCUUAACAGUUCCAUUUGUGUGCGUCACCCUGUGUAGACUUUUCUACAGGUCUGGGCAAUGCUUAGGGCUUGUAGUGGUUCCGUUCUCAAGAGACAUCUGGAUGCAGCGGCGGGAUUGCAAAAGAGCAACUAAUGGAAAUGAAAAUCCCCCCCCUCAUUCAAGCGUGGCGGUCAAACUUCUUGGAAUAUUAGUUCUUCAUCGUGAUAUGGUCUUCGGGAAUGUGACGUGGUCAGUGCUGGGGAUGUUUUUAUUGUCCCUAGUUUGGUUUCCAAGAAAUAGGACAGCAAGUUUUUUGGUAUAAUGAUUCCCUUAUGCCAUUGCCAACCCUCGAGGUCGAGUAAGGUGGUGGUACAAAAUGUGGUUGGCCAUGCACGGAAAUAACUGGGGGCUGCAUCUACUUUCCGAAUCUUACGCCAGCCACGUGAAAUUUGAUACCAUUACCCUCCACUAUCGAGAUGUAUUCCUGAAGUGAAAGCUCUGUGGCGGGAUGGAGUCGGGCGAUGCUCUGAACUGCCUUAGCUAGGGCGAGUUGCAUGCUCGUCGCCCUUUGCUGUUCACUGAACAGCUGUUAUGUUCUCUGUAUCGGCAUGAUGUCCAGUAUUUUCAAGCAUAGCAAGCAAAAGUUACCCAUCACCCUCUAUCGGUCUUGAGAACGUGCUGAGCUGAGC